AUGAUAUUCUCUGCCACUAUCAAUUCAAUAGUCCUAUGCUUGGCUAUCAUCGGCCAGUCAACGGCGCGAAUUGUGCCGCCCUGGAGCCUGGCGAAGCGGGGGGAGCCUCUUCUACCAAGCCAGGAUCCUUUCUAUAAACCCGACAAUGAAGAUUGGAGGACAUCAAAACCUGGGGCCAUCUUGAAAACACGAAAUGUCACAAUCGGCUCAUUGACCGGAUUGCCUACAUCCCUUGGCAGUGCCCACCAGUUGCUGUAUCGCACUACAAAUGGACGAGGUCAACCUAGUUAUGCGGUCACGACGGUAUUGAUUCCUCUCAAUGCAAAGCUCGAUCGUCUACUAUCUUACCAGAUAGCCUACGACAGCCCCAAUCCCGACUGCGUGCCAUCCUAUGACCUCCAAUUUGGAGCCUCAACGAGCGGCGACGACUCGGUGAUAGAGCUUUCUCUACUAGCUCAAACAUUUCUUACAGCAGGAAUACCUGUUAGCAUGCCCGACUACGAGGGUAUCGAAUCUGCCUACACGGUGGGUCCUCAAGCAGCAUACGGAGUUCUCGACUCGCUGCGCGCCGUGUUGAGCUCCACAGACGUUACCGGGAUGAACUCGGCAGCGAAGACAACAUUAUUCGGCUACUCCGGGGGCGCGUUCGCAUCGGAAUGGGCAGGGGAACUCCAGUCAUCGUAUGCACCAGAUGUCAAGAUUGCGGGUGCUGCCAUCGGUGGUGUUCCGGUUAACAACACAAAGUCCUUUUUUACCAUUGACGGCACCAAGCAUUCGGGUCUCCUCGUGGGUGGUCUUAACGGCGUUGCGAAUGCUUUCCCCCCUGUCGCCCGCUAUAUUAAAGACCAUUUGAGACCCGAGUAUGAACCGCUUUUUAAUCUCGCCAAAGCCACUUGCAUUGCUAGUAUCUUUGAUCCCGCCUACGGCUACGUGCCCCAAUUGGCCAACAAGACGAUCUCAGCAUUCUUCGACAAUGGUUGGUCCCUUGUGGAUGAAUUCGCGCCGCUGCUGGAUAGUAUUUUCGUUAUGGGUCAACAUGGGGUCCCGGACUUUCCCAUAUUUAUGUAUCAGGGGACUGCGGACGAAACAGUCGGCGGAUUCGGAGAUGUGGGUGACCUGGUAGAGCAGUUUUGUCAGAAUGGGGCUAUUGUAGAGUAUGCAAAGGUGGAAAAUGCCGACCACAUACCCGCGCUCUUCAGGGGGUUUCACAGGGCCAAGUCAUUUUUGAUGGGUGUCUAUGACGGUGCUGUACCAAGCAAGUGUACAGAGAUAGAUAUACAGACCGUGUCGUAAUUAACGAGCGGGAAUCUGAAAAAAGCUCUUUCAUUCGGACCAACCUACUGGCUAGAAAAGUCACAAUAGAAUAUGGUCAGAUGAUGCUUGGGUUCAAAAUUCCGUGCCU